AAUUGGAGAGGAAGGAGGUCCUAGGAGGUUUUCGCCGAGCACGACAUGAAAAGAAAGUGAGAGAUUUUACUUUUAAGUCUCCAAGUAGCUUCCCAUCGAAGGCGCAGCGGUUUGCUGUCGGCAUCGCGAUAAACAGAAAGCGAACAGAGCUGCUCAGUGUCGGGCUCGAGGAGAGAUUCAGGGGACGUUUUCAGAGGAAACGAGGAAUUGCCGGGCGGUAGCGAGCGGAGGAGCUCUACUGCUUAUUCUCACCGGGAGAAAGCGGGGAAAACAGAGACGGCUCUGUUGCGCGGAUUUUAAUGAAACACUGCAGCUGUCAGACACACGCCUGUAAUCUCUACCUGCCCCGAGUUAGAUGCGUUUGACUUUAAGAUGCGGAGCGACCCCAUACUGUUCGCCUCGAGGGCGAUGGAGGAGUUGCUGGCAGAGUUGCGGGUCUUUCUGGAGUUGUUGGACAGAGAAUAUUUAACUGCUGGGGUGAGAGAGAAGAAACAGGAAAUAUUAAACAUCCUGCACAGAGUUCUAGCCACUAGAGAGCCCUCAUGUAAGACAGAGAUACACACCUCUCUCCCGGCCCCUCCUCAGAUGCCCCUACCAGAGAUUCCUCACCCCUGGAUGCCUCCAGACAACGGGCCUCCUCCCUUGCCAAGCUCUUCUCUUCCUGAAGGUUAUUAUGAGGAAGCCGUUCCGCUGGGCCCUGGGAAAGCACCAGAGUACAUCACCUCUAAUUAUGACUCAGAUGCCAUGAGUAGUUCAUAUGAGUCAUAUGAUGAGGAAGAGGAGGAUGGGAAGGGGCAGAAGAUGCAUCACCAGUGGCCAUCCGAGGAGGCCUCCAUGGACCUGGUGAAAGACGCUCGUAUCUGUGCAUUUCUGUUACGAAAGAAACGCUUUGGACAAUGGACCAAACUGCUCUGUGUCAUAAAAGACAACAAAUUGUUGUGCUACAAGUCGUCCAAAGACCAGACUCCACAGAUGGAGCUCCUCCUGUCUGGCUGCAGCAUCACACACAUUCCCAAAGACGGCAAGAAGAAGAAGCAUGAACUAAAGAUCGUCCAUCAGGGAGCUGAUGCUCUGGUGCUUGCCGUACAGAGCAAAGAACAGGCCGAAGAGUGGCUUAAGGUGAUGAAGGAAGUCUGCUCUAAUGGAAAUGGAGUGGUGGACUGUGACGGAGCUGGCUCUGGUUCCCCAAUUCACAAAGCAGAGCUGGAAAAGAAGCUGUCCUGCGAUCGACCCAGUUCAGAUGGAGAGCCCUGUCAUGAAAAUGGCAUCUCAGAUGGCAAAGAUCCAGCCAAAGGCAAGAAGAACUCUAAAUCAGAGCAGAAAGGCACGGUUGGACGUGUGACUGGAAAGAAAAUCACUAAAAUCAUAAGCCUGGGCAAGAAAAAACCAUCUACAGAUGAACAGACCUCAUCGGCGGAGGAGGAUGUCCCAACAUGUGGCUAUCUGAAUGUGCUGUCCAAUAACCGCUGGAGAGAGCGCUGGUGCCAGCUCAAAGACAACCAGCUGUUCCUGCACAAGGACCGGGCAGAUCUGAAGACACACAUGGCCUCUCUGCCGCUGCGGGGGUGUGAGGUCAUUCCAGGGCUGGACUCCAAACACCCCUUUGCCUUCCGUCUGCUGCGCAACGGACAGGAGGUGGCUGUUCUGGAGGCCUCCUCCUCUGAGAGUAUGGGAAGGUGGCUGGGUGUCCUGCUGGCCGAAACGGGCUCCACAACAGAUCCUGCUGCACUGCACUACGAUUACAUUGACGUUGAAACCACUGCUAAUGUCAUUCAACUGGCCAAACAGUCAUUUUGUUUCACCAGUAAGCGUGCAGUUUCUCCAAACCCAUACCUGGAUAACCCGGUCAGUGGUUACGCCUGUCCCACAGGGGUCGCUCUGCAUUAUGAUGAUGUGCCCUGCAUCAAUGGAUCACUACGAGAUUUGCACUACUCCUCCCCAGCUUCAGGGGACCGUCGGUGGAAAGAAGAGUCUCAUUAUGAGAAUACAGAUCUUUAUGAAAACAUGCCCUCCCCCAAACUAGCAGCGCGCUACCCUCCCAAAUCCAUCCACUCGCAGUCAUCUUCCACAGGGCAUUACAACUCACCACUCUCCACCAAAUCUCUUUCCUCUUCCUCCUCUCCCUCAGUUUCUAAUACUAAAACUAACCAGCUGAAGGGUAAGAAAGGCCUGAUCACCAAUGGGUUCACUGCGAAGCAGAAGUUGGACAAGAACCAGCCCAAAAAGGCCAAUGGAUGUAGCAGCACUCUUCCAGUGAAACUCAGCAACUCUAGUGUGGACCAGUAUAAGUACGGGAAAAACAGAGUGGAGGCAGAUGCCAAGAGACUCCAAGCUAAAGAGGAGGAGCUGAUGAAGAGGAAGCAGGAAGUUCGAACCCGCCUGGCCCAGCUGAAAAAAGACAGGAAGGAUCUCCGCACUGCUAUAGAGAACAACACCGGUAAGCGAUCUCAGGCAUCUUUGACAGAGAGACUUAAGAAAGUGGAGGAUGAAUGCAAACUAAAAGAGGAGGAACGAGUCAAUCUGGAACUGGAGCUGACAGAGGUGAAGGAGAGUCUGAAGAAAGCCUUGAAUGGAGGCGUCACCCUGGGCCUGACCAUUGAACCCAAAACGGGCAGCUCCAGCCCACAGUCUCCAGUGUUAAUGAGGCGAACGGUGGACAACUCGCCCAUGUCCAGCUGUGACACCAGUGACACUGAAACCUGCUCUCUGCCAGUCAACAGUGCAUCUCUGCUGCGGCGUCAGACACAACCGAAAGCCUCACCUGUGCGAGGACACGUCCUCAAGAAAGCCAAGGAAUGGGAGAUGAAGUCUGUCACAUAAGUUCUUUCCCACCAACUUUUCACUUUCAUUCAAUCUAUUUAUUGAAUUUUGUCCAUAUAUGAGUGAUGUUGAAAUUGAAUUGACUGAAUCAUAGACACUAUUUUCCAGAAUUAAUUCUGGAAGAACUUGACUGAGUCUGGUGCCUGAUGCUGUUUUAUCAUUAUUCACUAUAGCACUGUCCUUAGAUCAUGAUCUGACUAUAAAGUGAGUAACAAAUGAGGAAGAACUCAAAAUAGACACCAAAUAAAGGCCAACAGUAAUUCCACAAUAGCAAAUGUAUAUUUACUACCGUUUAAUAUUUUGGGGUUAGUACUUUUUUAAUUUAAAUACUUUUAUUGAUACUUUUAUUCAGCAAGGAUGCAUGAAAUGUUAGAGAAAAUCGAAAGCAGUUAUUUUACAUUGUAGUAAUAUUUCACAAUUACUGUUUUUCUCUAUUUUUAAUCAAAUAAAUGCUGCCUUGGUGAGCGUAAGAGACCCCCAAACUUUUGAAGGGUAGUGUACCAUUAGAAGAAAGAUAGUUGUAUUAUGAUUUUAUAAUUUAUCAUGACAGAACACAGAGUAUGGUCCAUAACUUGCCAUCUAAAUAUAAUGUGCUCAAAACUCACUGGUCACUGGUCUCAGUCAAGUCUAUAAAAGUCUGUUUCUAUCUUUAACAAGAAGCCAUUAAUGGAAGACCAAUUCUUCAAGUAUUUAUUUGUAAAUGUUUAAAUAAAUAUAAGCCACCCUGUGUUUGUAUGUUGAUGUUUAGUAAUGCCUUUCUAGGGCUUCACACUAAUUGUAGAAAGCUGCUUCAGGAUAUAAGUCUUAAGGUAAAUUACAGAAUGUGAUCGCUCAAAGCUUGUUCUUUGCAGAAAAAGUGUAAUUUGUUUGAAAGUAUUUUACCAGCCUCUGCUCCUCCUCCUCCUCCUCUUCCUCCUCCUGCAUGUCUGGCCCAUUUUUGUUCAAUCUAGUGGUCUGGCCAAACUUUGGGCUAUGGUAAGAGCAGCCCAUGGGGAACAGGGCAGCUCAGGCCAGGGUGUGGUCCUCUGUCGGCUGGCUGCUCUGGAUACUAGGCCUGGAAGUACCGCUACACUUCCCCUCUGCCGAACACACUACAACCACUGCACUGAAACAGCUGAAACACCAGUACACUGCAAUGCAUCAUACACCGAGAGUUAUACAUAUACUACAUUCAAACACAAAUAACAGUGCGUGCAUAUGUGAAGUUUCAUUAUAGUUUGCAGUCUCUAGCUGUGCACGUGCAGGUUUAAGGGCUUGGAAGUAAUCCGUUUGCGAAUGUUUGGUCAAACACGAGAAUAUGUGGCAGAAGAGUUCAGGCUGUAAUCCUGCUUUGUUUUGAUCACUCAAAGUCCAACCUGAUGAACUAUAAAUGGUGCUUUUAAGCAGUGCUUAAACUGUUCACUCCUCAUUCAGCCAGAUUAUGGAGUCUUGGUGCUUAAUUCAGACCAACUUUUAUAUUAAUGUUCAAGGCACAUUUAUAACUUUGUUUAAUGUGCGGUGAAGUUUGCUGCACAUUUUCAAGCUACGUUAUAUGCAGGGUCCUGUGUAAAUAUACUUCUUCUCUGCUUGGGCCCAUAAAUCUUAAGAGCUUUUUUUUUUUUUUUUUUUUUUUUCAGUCAUUUUGUACAAGUCAGCACUGUAUGAAACCUGGUAUCAGUAUAAAUGUAAAGG